AUGGGAUACAUAAAACCAAACAAUAUCCUCGUGGACUACGAUGAAAGUGCUGAGGGUCUUGUGCGCACCAAAAGCGUUCAGAUCUCAGACCUCGAGGAUACAGUCAUUGUACCGCCUGGGAAAUGGCUGAGAGGCCCCCUUUGUGGAAAUGCAAUCUGGAGAAGUCCUGAAAGUUGGUGCCGAUCCCGCCAGAACCAGGCCUCAGAUGUUUUCUCCUUUGGAAUUGUGAUGAUCUAUGUUAUGGUCAAUGAGAUGGUUUUUCGUGUUAGUGAUAAUGAGUUAGAGGCUGCGGAUUCAUGGCGCUAUGUCCUCCGCCGACACAUAUCCUAUUUUGCAGAUGAAGACAGCUUCAAUGGGCUCCUUCAACAUAUAGGAAAAGAAAACAUCUUUUAUGAACGGCUGGUAGCCCUCGCAAACAGUUUUACUCCAGGGAAUUUUAGACAGCCUUUCAAGUCUUGGGAUUAUGUGGACCCAAGUUUUAGGGACCUAGUAGGGAAAAUGACAAAUCUGGACCCAACAAGAAGGAUUACUGCGAGAGAGGCUCUUCAGCACUGCUGGUUCGGCCAGAAGGGAAAAUAUCUAACUGAUGACAGAGAGACAGCUGCCGAAGAAAAUACCACUUGUUACUUCCCGCUCCUCGAUCGUGUUGCGGACGGAAUUUUUGCGGAAGCUCAAACGGAGAAGGAUUUAUAUAAUGAGUUCCUUCGUGUAUUGCAAGAUGAAGGGCAUGUUGCUUCUUUGGAUGCGCUGUCGUCAUUUAAGCUUGCCAUGUCGCUCCGCUCAACGGCACCGCGAAUACAGGCGCACUACCAGUACUAUAAUACCUCUGUAGAGCCCUCUAUGAUGGCUGCUCAGGAUGCUGUUUGUCAGGUCUGGGCGCACUAUUCCGGGCAGCAAUAUUGUUCUCCUAGUUUGGAACAUGCGCAACAAGGUGUUUUAGGCAAUCAGAACGAACGCCUUUUACCCUUUGAUCGAGUUCUCGGCACCGGAGAUGAAUCUCUUGUCGUGUACGCUGAUAUCUCUGCGCCAAUGUUUGGUGAAUUCCACAAGGAACUGAGCAGACGGGCUAUGAAAGGAGAAUUUUCGUACAAAGUACGAUACCGCCCUUCUUCAGCUGGGCCAAGCGGUCCACUUUUUGUCAGCGGAUAUGGCGUUCAACUUGCUCUGAAAAAAACAGACUAUAUUGUGAUGGAUGAUCGUGGCGCAGACCUUCCUGGCUCGGGUUCAAAUUCAGCUUCAGAAAACUCCAAAUCUACAAAAGUGCCGAUAAAGAGUUUAGAGGACGUGCCUCUAGAAGAUUUGAAACCGUUGUCUGCGGCUGAAGUAUCCACGCUUGGAGUCAAUGCGGCUAGUUUUGUAAUGAAUAGUGAAAACCCCUUUGGGUCACUGUUGAAGCUAUCUCAAGAUUUUCCCCGGCACUCCUCUGCCGUUACUAAUCUGAAUGUUUCAGCUGAAUUCCUUGAGGAAUGGGAGUUUAACAAGGCACACAUGUUUCCCUCCGGGUACAAUGUCAUGUGGGUUAACGGUGUCCAAAUUAAUUCACGCCUCGUCAAUGGAUUCUCCUUGUUGACUCAUUUGCGCAACGAGCGAAGAUUGAUUAAGAAAUUCCAGGAGGUCGGCUUAUCUGCAGCUGACACUGUUAAUUUGCUGUCCGAUUCAACUAUCAACUCCCAUGCCUCGGACGCCACUUCGAGAUAUGAUUAUAGGGACGAGACUGAGGGCAACGGUGUUAUCAUCUGGCUUAACAAUGUGGAGAAAGACAAGCGAUAUGAAGAUUGGCCCCGCGAUGUGUCUGCGCUCCUUCAACAACUCUACCCUGGCCAAUUCCCCCAAGUUCGCCGUGAUAUUCAUUAUGUAGUCAUACCAUUAAAUUUGGCUGAUCUAAUGGACAUCAAUAUGCUCGCGCGUCAACUUCAAAUGUUCAUCACCCGAAAGAUACCUGUUAACUUUGGAUUUGUUCCAAUGGUAACUGGCAAAGAAUCACUGGAGCAAUUCAAAUUGGGGUCCUACUUAUAUCAGACGUAUGGCCUAAAAACGCUCAUGAGGUACUUUGAAGCCUUAGGCGAAAGCAAACAACAGUUGGUUUCACCUGACAAGAGCGCGUUCGAUGCCGCAGUUCAGGACCGGGAGCCUCGCCCUGAACAAACUGUAUUGACAUUCGAAGAGAUUUUAAGUUCAGAUCAAUUUGAACAUGUUCUAACUAAAACUAACGCCUACCUCCAAAGACUAUCUAUUGAUAAGAACGAUGCACCCUUUUUUGCCAAUGGAGCUAUUCUUUCCCGAGACGAGAACUGGAUUCAACUACUAAUUUCUAGAUUAGCCCAAGAUCUUGAGGAGAUUCAACAGGCUGUUAUGACGGGUAUCUAUGAUAAUGAUUUUUGGUUUCCCAAUCACUAUCUCGAUGGCGCAAUCUUAACCCGUAACUCAUUGAUCAUUCCAGAAGAUCCAAGCGAAAUUCAAAUGCAAGAUCUAACUACCGUGUAUAAGAAACACCAAUCUGCGUUUGAUACAAUACCUCGAAUUCCUGCAUCGGCUGAUUCGAAGUUGGAGAGUUGGGGAAGUUUCAUGCUAAUUGCGGACCUUGACAACAAAUAUGUGUUAAAACAAUGCCGAACGUUGCUUGAGUUUCGUGAGAAACAUCCCGAGCUUGAAAUUUUCCUUCUUCAUCAUUCUGGCUCAAACUCUUCCGGGACCGUUUCGACUAAACUUGCCGAGCUUUCAAGGAGUGGUCGAGACACUGAUGUUCAUUCCGUUCAAGGCAUUUUGCCCCUGGAUUCUGAGGAAUUGCUACAGCAAGCUCCCGAGACAGUGUCGCCCAAUACUGGGUUUGAAUCUCUUUCCUCUUUGGCCAAAGAUUUGGGAGCAAAUACUACUAGCAUCACAAUUAUAUUUAAUGGAAGACUUGUUGGACCCAUUACAACAAGCCUCUCCCUGCAGGAGCUAGAUCAGCUUUUGGUGUAUGAGCAGCGAAGGCGUUCACAACCUCUUGUGAAAGCUAUCUCUGCUCUCGAGCUGGAGGAUAAGAUCAAAGACCCAUUUGCCCUUGCAAGACUAGUAUCUCUGACCACUCGUGCUACAAAAUCAGAUAUUUCAGAAGAUAUAUAUGACAAGGGCCCAGUUCUGCGCACAGGUGUUUUUAGCAAAUGGAAGAAUACCCAUACCGGUUUCACAAUCUCCAGCGCUGAAGAUGCUACCAUUCAAAUCGUUGCCACUAUUGACCCGGCUUCAGAAGGCGCCCAGAGUUUUGCGCCUAUCCUAAAAGUGCUGUCCAACCUCCACGGGGUAGCAGUCAAAGUCUUCCUUAGUCCAGCUACCACCCUCAAGGAGUUGCCUGUAAAGAGAUUUUAUCGACAAGUUCUUGAUUCGGAACCAUUGUUCAACGCCGAUGGUUCGUUAAAAAGACCCGGAGCUUCUUUCGAAGGGUUACCUAGAGAAGCACUCCUGACGCUGGGGAUGGAUGUGCCUCCGUCUUGGCUGGUUGCACCGAAAGAGUCCGUUUUCGAUCUCGAUAACAUUAAACUAAGUUCGUUGAAGGAGACUGUCAAUGUGGACGCGAUAUACGAGCUGGAACACAUCUUGAUCGAGGGGCACUCACGAGAUAUGUCGAACGGAAGCCCCCCACGGGGGGUUCAGCUUCUUCUCGGCACGGAAAGAAACCCGCAUUUUAUUGAUACGAUUGUCAUGGCCAACCUAGGGUACUUUCAGUUCAAAGCCCAACCCGGAUAUUGGCAAAUCACCCUGAAGCCAGGGUCCAGUGAACGGAUUUUCAAACUGGAUAGCGCUGGCAGUAUGGGAUACAUUCCUACUGCAGGCGACGAAACUGGCGAGGUUGCCCUGUUAUCAUUCCAAGGAACCACGCUGUUCCCGCGACUAUCGCGCAAACCUGGACACGAACAAGAUGAUGUCCUGGAUCCUGCAGCCAAGCCGGGCUCGGCGAAAGAUUACAUUGCUAAAGGAGUCAGCUUUGCUUCAGGGAUUUUCUCCGGUGUAACCAAGUUGACUCGGGAUAAGCAGGCUGAUAUAAACAUUUUCUCCGUCGCGAGUGGACAUCUAUACGAGCGAAUGCUGAAUAUCAUGAUGGUGUCGGUGAUGCGCCACACGAAACACUCCGUCAAAUUUUGGUUCAUUGAACAAUUUUUGUCCCCGUCCUUUAAAUCUUUCCUUCCUCACUUGGCGAGAGAAUAUGGCUUUUCGUAUGAAAUGGUGACUUACAAAUGGCCGCACUGGCUACGAGCUCAGAAAGAAAAACAGCGAGAGAUCUGGGGUUACAAGAUCUUAUUCUUGGACGUUCUUUUCCCCCUAUCCCUGGAUAAAGUGAUCUUCGUGGACGCUGAUCAGAUUGUCCGCACCGAUAUGUACGACCUUAUUACAAUGGAUCUUGGCGAUGCACCUUACGGCUUCACGCCGAUGUGUGAUUCUCGGGCUGAAAUAGAAGGCUUCCGCUUCUGGAAACAAGGGUAUUGGAAGAAGUUUUUAGAAGGGUUGCCCUAUCACAUCUCUGCACUUUACGUCGUGGAUCUCAAUCGUUUUAGGCAGAUCGCGGCUGGCGACAGGCUUCGGGGACAAUACCAGGCCUUAUCCGCCGAUCCAAACAGCCUGUCUAAUCUUGACCAAGACCUGCCUAAUCAUAUGCAACAUACAAUUCCAAUUAAAAGUUUGCCUCAGGACUGGCUAUGGUGUGAAACUUGGUGCUCAGAUGACUCUUUAAAGACGGCAAAGACCAUUGACCUGUGUAAUAACCCGAUGACCAAAGAACCGAAAUUGGACCGUGCAAGACGACAAGUGCCUGAGUGGACAGCGUAUGAUGAUGAGAUUGCAGCCCUAGGAAGGAAGGUUGCAGGUCUGCAGCAACAGGCAGACACCGAAAAGGAUGGACAGAAGCCGUUGAGCAAGGAUGAGCUGUAA